GACGCUAUAAAGCUGCUCUGUUGGUUGCUCUUGUCAAAAGUGCUGAAGAUGUGAGGAGGAACUGAGGAACUGAGGAACUGAAGGAACUUUCACACGUUCACGCUUCCGUUCUGCUGGAUUUCGGGACAAACUCCUCGCUGAUUUAUUCUUCAUUUUUUUAAAAAUUUUAUUUAUUUAUUUUUUUGCAUAUUUUAGUUCUGUUUCUGCGCAGCUGCUGACUCCUGAUAUAUUUGGUUUUUGUCGGUUGUAGAAGAAACGUCUUUCUUCCUGACCAGCCUGCACUUCAGAUUAACGCCAUUUAAAAAGAAAAAAGACAAGAAAAGAAAAGAAAAGGAGACCGUGUGGAAACAGUUUCGGUAGAGUGUGUGUGUGUGUGUGUGUGUGAGAGAGAGAGACGCCGCUGUGAUGGGCGCGUGUCCCGCAGGCUCGGUGUCCGCGCCGCACCGGUGCGGUUCCCGCUGCACGCUCUUCCUCCUGCUGCUGCUGCUGUGUCUGGUGUGCGGGGCGACGGGGACCUGGGGACCCGGACUGUACAGCUACCAAACCGGGACCUCACUCAACAAAGACCCGAGCAAAAGGAACUGGUGUCCUCAGACCGUGACUAAGACAGUGACGUGUCAGGUGCAGAAUGGGACGACUUUACAGCGGGUUUAUCAGACGUGCAGGUGGCCACAGGGUUGCUCCAGCGGCAGUUACCGUACAGUGGUCCGGCCCUCCUUUAAAGUGGUGUAUCGCACUAUCACAGCUCUGGAGUGGAAGUGCUGCCCCGGGUUCAGUGGAGCGCACUGUGAGGAAGGUUCUGCGAGCGGUAAUCUGUUGGCUCAAGAGGCCGUGAGAAAACAGGCAACUUUCCGCAAGUCGGCAUUACCCAAGCCCACAGAGCAGCUCUCCAGUUGUCUAAACUGCAGUCGUAUCACGGCUCUCACCGAUCGGCUCAGCUCUCUGGAGGAAAAGGUCCAGCUCCUUUCUGCACACAGACCCGCCCCGUCUAAAGGUGGAGACGACCCUGAGUCCUCCUCCCUCAUGGGGGCUCCACCUGCCAGAGGAGCUCCAGGAGCACAGGGUCCUGCAGGUCCACAGGGUGAACGAGGCAGGGAUGGGAUACCGGGUAAAGACGGGAAACCGGGUUCUCAGGGUCUGCCCGGGCCGAAGGGGGAGGCUGGAGUGAGGGGACCGUCAGGUGCUCCAGGGUCUCGUGGAACAACAGGACCAGCAGGUCCUCGGGGACCACCGGGGCUUCCAGGAGAGAGGGGUUUACCUGGACCUCCGGGACCGCCCGGACCUCCCGGACCCCCGGCCUCUGGCUCAGAAGACAGUGAGAAGAAAAACCUGCUGCUGUCCAACAGUUUCCCCGACCCUCGACUGGUUCCUGCUCAGGGACCUCAGGGACCUCCGGGGCCCACAGGACCCCCAGGAGCCCGAGGCCCAGCCGGACCCCCAGGCCCUAUCGGACAAAGUGGAAAGCCAGGUUCCCCCGGUGUACCGGGACCCACGGGACCGAAGGGAGAGCGAGGAGAGAGAGGACCUCUGGGAUAUCCAGGAGAGAGGGGCUUCAAAGGAGAGCCGGGUGAGCCGGGACCGAAGGGUGAACCGGGGGAGAAAGGCCUUCCGGACGUUAGUUUGAAGAUGUUGCAGGACUUGCAGGCUGACCUGGAGCUGCUGGCUCGCAGGGUGCAGCUGCUGGAGGCGAUCGUCUGGCCAGAGCCUGACGGAGGAUCCGGAGACGGCCCGUUCAGCACCCCGUCUACGGACUUCUUCCGGAACAAGCGGGCCGGCGUCCCGCUCUUCCGGGUCAAACCUCCGUCCUUCCUUACCGAGUCUAAAAUCCGAGGGAAGUCCUAAAGAGUCAACCUCUCAUCCAGCUUGGACUGGCAAACCCUCACGAGUCCCUAUAACACGUACCGUCCUACAGAUCCACUCACUAACUCUGGAACAUACCAUUGAAUAAGGAAGGGGGGGAAACACCUCAGGGAAAGAACCAAGUGGUGCUGUAGAAGUUCACCAUCUCAACUGGAAGUCAGUCUUUAACUUCAGUCUCCCUUUUGCUUGCAUAAAACGAAGAAAAGGAAACAAACAACAAAAGAGAAAUGUACAGUCAUUCUAACGGUGCUUGAGUAACGAUUAUACGAUUUGGGACAAUAAGGGGACGAUACAAGCUGGUACACAUGACGGAGAAGAACAUCAGGUUAUUAUUCGCUGAAGUCGCUAUAUAUCUAUUUUAACGGACCCCUUAGGGAAGCUAGGAAAUGUAUCGUAUGUAGGAAAACGUGUAUUCACUAUUCAUUUUUCAAACAUUUAAGCAAUAAGUUAGUUAUCCUCCCUAGCAUUAAAUGCACUAUUUUAGAUGUUUUUUUUUUUAUUCUAGAGAA